AUGGCGGCAACUGUACAAUUGUAUAAAUGUGGUUUUUGCACCAAUAUAUUUGUCGAUUUGGCUUCAGCACGUACACAUAAGUGCACAGGUUAGUGCCUAAAUUAUAUUCCAGCAAUGACUGUGAGAAUCAAAUGAAUUUGAUGCUAUUUUAAAGGAUAUUUAAAUUGUCAGUAAUACAGUCUAGACUCUACACACGUAGACAAUGGUCUAGACACAGAAAUAUUAAAGAAAUCUCUCCUUCAAUUGUAUAUUUGUAGUCAUAAACCUGCAGCAUACUAUAUACAGCGAGUUGUUUGAUAAAAUAAAUAUAUACCUUUAUAAUAUGUACCUUAUAUAAACUUAUACAGUUAAACUGUAUGAUAGUGAUAAGACUUCUUACUGUAAUAUUACAGGGAAAGGCGUUCAACCUAAGCUACAAAAUGCAUCAGUUCCUCCAAGUCAAACUCAAACACAGAAAGGAGGUAUUUUGUCAUUUCACUUCAAUAAAAAAUGCAAGGUGCCCUACCAGUGAUAUAUUGUAAUUGAUUUUACAUCUUAACCUUACAUGAAUAAGCUGUGGUAACUAAUUUUUCAUAUCUAUCUUGCAGGAAAAAGCUCAGUGCCAAAGCCACAAGCAGGUGUAUUUUUAUUAUCAUGAUGCCAUUUUGUUUCAAUGGAUUAUAGAUCAUUACAGAAAACACCCGACACUUGUACCCACAGAGGAUAUUAGAAGUUUGCCACCUCCCUGUUUUUCCCUUCAGCCAUUCUAGUACAAGUUACUAUUAUCACAUGUAGAAAGAGGCUGUAUUUUUUCUGGAAUGACCUAGCUAGACAAUGUGUUAAACUGUCCUACCACUGAUUUAUUCUAUUUUUUCAGGCGAUCACUCUGUGACCAUGCCACUAAAUGCACCAGUUCCUCCAAGUCAAACACAGAAACAAGGUAUUUUUUAUUUUGUCAUUUCACUUCAAUAAAAAAGCAAAAUGCUCUACCAGUGAUACAUUUUAAUUAAUGUUACAUCUUAACCUUGCAGGAAUAAUAUUAAGCUGUGGUAACCAAUUUUUCAUAUCUAUCUUGCAGGAAAUAGCUCAGUAACAAAGCCACAAAAUGUAUCUUUCCCACCACUUGAAAGUCGAACACAACAAGCAGGUAUAUUUUUAUUAUCAUGCCAUUUCAUUUCAAUGGUUCAUUACAGAGGACAUUAGAAGUUUACCACCUCCGUGUCUCUUCUUUCAGCCAUCCUAGUACAAGCCACUAUUACCACAAGUAGGCUGUAUUUUUUCUGGAAUGACCCAGUUGGGCAUUCAUACAUGGUGUUGAACUGUCCUACCACUGAUUUAUUCUAAUUUUUACAGGCAAAAGCUCUGUGACUGUGCCAUUAAAUGCAUCAGUUCCUCAAAGUCAGAUGCAGCAAGCAGGUGAUAUAUUAUUUAUCAUGUCUUUUCAUUGCAUGAGCAUUGUGCCUUUAGGCAUGUGGCACUGUACUCGAUUAUCUAAUCACACCCUCUUCAUGGCUAUUUAA